AUGAGACUGCUUGGGUUGCUCCUCCUGCCUGUCUUCAAUGUGGCCGUGAAAUUUCAAGCGAGUCCUGUGACUCGAGUCGCGCGAUUACUGGAGCAGCUGAAGGACAGGGUUGUCAAGCAGGGCGAGGAUGAGGAGAAGCUCUGGCAAAAGAUGCAGUGCCACUGCAAGAAGUCUCUGAAAGACUUGGAGGGCGGGAUCACUCAGGAACAAUCCAGGCUCCCGGUCCUCCAGAGCGACCUGACGCAGAUGACGUCCCAGAAAGCACAGCUGGAAGCAGAGAAGGAGCAGGCCUCUGUGGACAAGUCCGAGGCACUGGCGGCCCUGAAGGGCGCCAGGGAGCUGAGGCAGAAAGACUCCAAGGACUAUGUCGCUUUGAAGGCCGAAGCCGAGAAAAGCAUUGCAGCGGUUGAGAAUGCUAUGGCUGCACUCGAGAAGGGGCUGGCAGGCAGUUUCCUGCAGACGACUGAUGCCGACGUGCUGCGCCAGAUGGUUUCCUCGGCCAACCUCAGGGUCUCUGACCGCGAUGCGCUGGCGAGCAUCUUUGCAGCGGAAGACGCCUCUGCCACCAGUCCGAGCAGCAGCAUGGUGGUGGGCACGCUGCAGUCGAUGAGGGACUCCAUGAAGGAGGACCAAGCUGCUGCAGAUGCACGUGAAAGUGAGGCCCAGCAGUCCUUUCUCGGCAUGGCCCGUGCGAAAACAGCAGAAAUGGCGACCCUGGACACCGAAAUUGAGGCCAAAACCACAAGGAUUGGCCAAAUCAGUGUGGACAUGGUCAACACGCAGUCAUCGAUUGAUGAUAGCAACAAGAAGGUCAAGGAGGAUUCGCAAUUCCUUGCCGACACGAAAGAGAGCUGCGCCCAGCAAGAGCAGGACUGGCAAAGUCGCACGACGACGCGCCAGGAGGAGCUGCAUGCCAUCGUGGAGACGCAGGAGCUUCUGGGAAACGAGGAGGCCCAGGGUAUCUUCGAGAAGGUGAUGCCGACAAAGCCAGGUCUGGCGCUUCUCCAGGUCUCCUCCACCUCAGCCAGUGAUGGCACCGGAAAGGCUUUGGACAGCUUGCAAGGUUCCCAAGACUCGCGGGUUGCACUGCUGGCGCUGGCUUUGCGAUCUGGCAAGAUCGAUUUCAAGAAGGUGCAAGCAAAGGUAUCUGAGAUGGUCAAAAUCCUGAGAAAGGAGCAGCGGGACGAGGAUAAGAAGCUGGACUGGUGCAAGGCCGAGAGCCGCAGCUCCGAAGAUAACCUGAGAAGCCUCAAAGAGGAGGCCGAGGACUUGUCCAAGAUCAGAGAUGAGGUGAAGACAGACAAGGUGCAGGUGGAGGAGGAGAUGAUGGCGAUGACAAAGAAGAUACAGGAGUUGGACGAGCAAGUAGCGGAGUCCAAGAAGCAGCGCCAGAAUGAAAACAAAGAGUACAAGCAGGCCAUAGCUGACAGCGUCCGGGCAUGUGACCUGCUGCAGCGGGCGAAGGAUCGGUUGAGCCGGUUCUACACCUCCACAGCUGCGAACGCCAAGGCCAAGGUCGCCCUGCUGGCGCAGCGCCGGCUUCGUCUCCAGAAGAUCGCUCUGGCAUCUCGCGCCAUUGAAGCUGCAGGAGCCGGCCUCCGUGUCGCCAGCGAGAAGGCGGAUGUUUGGCCGCCGGCUACGGGAUCUGAUGACGACAAGGUUCGUCAGGCACUAAAUGGCGACGAUCUCCAGCUUACGGAGGUUGCAGCUGCUCCGAAGGCCUCCUUGAAGGGCUUCUCGGGGUACAAGAAGCAGGAGUCAGGCUCCACAGUGACGGCCAUGCUGGACACCAUUGUGGAGGACCUUGGGAAGGAGCGCAAGGCAAUGGACAAGCAGGAGGUGGAUGCGCAGGUGGCAUAUGAGAAGUUAGCGGAGGACGCCCAGCACAGCCGCGAAGAGGCCACGCGCAGCCUCGCGGAGAAGUCUGGU